UAACAAUAUCAUUCUAUUUGAUUCAGUUUAGUAGCUGAAGCUACUGUGUAAUUAAAGCGCAAUAACGUUUAUUUAUUCGCUUUUUAAAAUCUAAGUAGUGUAAGCUAUUUUUAAAUGUUAUUUCUAUUUUUGCCGGUGCGGUUGGAAUUGCGGGCCGUGUUGCUGUAGGAUCAAUUUCACUGCCACCAAAGGCGGAAGAGCGGAUCUGAAGUCUGGUAGACUCUUGUGGUGUCGUUUGAUGAGCUUGUAAACACCUUUAGUAAAAUGAAGCCUGCCGUGGAUGAAAUGUUUCCAGAGGGUGCUGGACCCUAUGUAGAUCUCGAUGAGGCUGGGGGAAGUACGGGUCUGUUGAUGGAUUUGGCUGCUAAUGAAAAAGCCGUUCAUGCAGAUUUUUUUAAUGAUUUUGAAGAUCUGUUUGAUGAUGAUGAUAUUCAAUAAAAAGAAUGGACAGCACAUUUUUCAAAAAGAACUAAUUCAUCCAAAGUAAUAUAUACGUGUCUACUGGAUUAAAAGAAAUUCCUCUUUCCCUUGCUGGGAAACAUGUUGACUGACGAUGAGAUUAAAUUCUGUUUUCACCUGCACACCAGAGCUAUUUUGUCUAUAUUUUCUUCUAAUAAAGUAUUCUUUUAAAUUA